CGCAACAUCCGUUCCACAACGUUCCGUUCUUCCGCUUCGUAGUGAAGUAAUGGCGUCUGCUAGCGAGGAGAAUACUACACCUACUGAGGGGGAGCUGACGGAAACCCUCGCGUCUUCGAAGAGAGAGGACAGACUACGAAAGUUCCGCGAGUUACAUUUUAAACGGAAUGAAGCACGCAAGAUCAAUCACCAGGAAGUUGUUGAAGAGGAUAAAAGGCUAAAGCUACCCUCAAACUGGGAGGCUAAAAAAGCCAGACUGGAGUGGGAACUUAAUGAAGAUGAAAAGAAGAAGGAAUGUGCAGCCAGAGGGGAAGACUACCACAGAGUGAAACUCCUCGAUAUCACGGCUGAUGAUGCAGAGCGGUGGGAGAGAAAGAAAAAGAAGAAGAAUCCUGAUACAGGAUUUGCAGGUUAUGCUGAGGCCCAAUUCAGGCAGUAUCAGAGGCUCACCAAGCAGAUCAGACCAGACAUGCAAAACUAUGAGAAACAGCGAGAGGAAUGUGGUGAGGACUUCCACCCCACGUCCAAUAGCUUGAUCCACGGCACCCAUGUCCCUUCCCAAGAGGGCAUUGACCGCAUGGUGGAAGAUGUCGAAAAACAGAUCGAAAAGCGUGCCAAAUACAGCCGUCGACGGGCCUACAAUGACGACGCGGACAUCGAUUAUAUUAACGAGAGGAACGCCAAAUUCAACAAGAAAGCUGAACGGUUCUAUGGCAAAUACACAGCAGAGAUUAAGCAGAACCUGGAGAGAGGCACUGCUGUUUAAGUUCCCUUUGAGUCAACAAUUCUUGCAAUUGAGCAGUGUAUUGCUUGUCUUAUAUACAUGUAUCUUGUAGCUAUGCUGUAUCCAUUAAAUUUCAUGUUUGUGCAAUUUAAGAAUAACAUUAUGAGUAUUCUCACCCUUAUUUUUAAAGUACCCGGUAUCCCA